AUGGCUUAUGGGACACGCUUAAAAGAACUGCAAGAAGCUCAAAAGAAAGCAGACAUUAUGUUCUUAGAUGAAAGAGCAAAGAGGGAAGCUAGUGUGGAUGAACUCCAUGGAAGGAUGGACCAAAUGUUAGAAGUACAAGAGGGCCUUCAAGCUUCAAUGCUCAAUAUGGAGCAUAACAUGGCCAGCUUACAGCAAAAACUACAAACAACUGUUGACAAGGGAUCAAAUUUCAGGGCCACACCACACAAUGUCCUCAGACAAGAAGGAGGAAGCAGUUCAAGGCAUGAACCCAGUGGGAAUCAGAGUUCUGGGACAUAUAAUAUCUUGAACAGGCUAGAGUUUCCACACUUUGAUGGGGAAAAUGCAAGAGGAUGGGUGAGGAGAUGCUCGAGGUAUUUUCAGCUAAUACCAAUACCUGAGGACCAAAGGGUGUCUAUGGCUUCCAUUUAUAUGCAAGGUAAGGCUGAACUAUGGUACCAAGGGUACGUGGAGAAGAAGGAGUUCAGGACAUGGGAAGAGUUUGUAGCCAAUGUAUUGGGGAGGUUUGAAGCCCUUAACAAUGCUAAGGUGACAACUGAGUUCAAUAGGCUGCAUCAUGAGACUACAGUGGAUAAUUAUCUUGAGAGGUUUGAAGAACUGAAGGAUCAGAUGCUCAUCUUCAACAGGAAUCUAGAUGAGGACUUCUUCAUGAUGAAGUUCAUCAGUGGUCUUAAGGAUGAAGUGAAGUUUUAUGUAACAAACUGUGAACCUACCUCCUUGUACCAAGCCAUUAACCUUGCCAGAAACCAAGAACAAACAGUCAAUGCUAUACUCAAAAGAGCCCACCACCCUACCAGAAAUUUACCACCCAAGCCACCUUUCAAACCACCCAACAAGAAUCCACCACAGAGAUCACCAGCACAACCUACCAGGUUCUUAACUGAAGCUGAAGUCAGGGCAAAAAGAGAGAAGAACUUGUGUUAUAGGUGUGAUGAACCCUAUACCCCUGGACAUAGGUGUAAAUACAGACAAGUUUACAUGUUGCUGGAAGAUGGAGGAGAUAAGGAUAAUGGUGAAGAGGAGCAAGGGAAGCAAGCCAUUGAGAUAGAACUGGAAAAUGAAGGGGAUGUAUCUGUGUCCUUACAUGCUAUGAAGGGGGAUUUCAAUUAUAGAACAUUGAGACUUGAAGGAACUGUGGAGGAUAAAGAGAUCCUCAUCCUCAUUGACAGUGGUAGCACACAUUGCUUUCUUGAUGAAAAGGUGGCCAACCUUUUAGGGUGUAAACUAGUAAGGACACACCCCAUGAUGGUAAGAGUAGCAGAUGGGAGCAAACUUACCAGUCAACUAGCUUGUCACAAAUUUAGCUGGGAGAUUCAAGGACACAAGUUUACGCAUCCAGUUAAGCUGAUCAAGUUGGGAGGGUAUGAUCUGGUCCUAGGCUGUGAUUGGCUAGGAUUACACAAUCCGAUUGAGCUUGACUUCCACCAGGGUAGGGUGACCCUUAGUCAAGAUUCCAGCAAGGUGAUCCUAAAGGCUCUCAGUGGUAAAACAGGAUCCAAGGCAGUAACCACACACUCCCUAUCAAAGCUUGUUAGAGGAAGAAGCCCUAAAGCACAAGGGGAAUUAUUGUUGAGUCACAGCACUUCAACUGAAGCUGCAGGUAAUACCAGGGUGCAAGAGGUUUUGCAGGAGUUUGAGGACAUAGUCAAGGAACCUCAUUCUCUUCCCCCUGAAAGAGAAAUUGAGCACCGUAUUGAGCUACUACUUGAGGCCAUACCUAGAAGACAACACCCCUACAGGUAUCUCAACAAACUUACAGUGAAGCACAAUUUUCCCAUUCCCAUUAUUGAUGAGCUGUUGGAUGAGUUACAUGGGGCUACAUAUUUUUCAAAGAUUGAUCUGAGGUCUGGUUACUUUCAGAUCAAAAUGAGGAAAGAAGAUCAAGGACUGGGGUUUGCAUUUGAUACACCUCAGAAAAGUGAUGGACCUUCUCAGAAAACACCAGUUAUUUGCCAAGAAGAGAAAAUGUUCCUUUGCUCGAAGGAGAUAGAAUACUUGGGGCAUGUAAUUUCACACCAAGGUGUGGCUACAGAUCCAUUGAAGAUUGAAUGCAUGCUCAAUUGGCCUGUACCAACAAAUGUCAAGGCAUUAAGAGGAUUUUUGGGUCUCACUAGUUACUACCGAAGAUUCAUACAAGGUUAUGGGAUCAUUAGUAAGCCCCUCACUUCAUUACUGAAGAAGGAUUCUUUUGAAUGGAAUGUAGAGGCUGAGAAGGCUUUUAACCAUCUCAAGGAACUGAUGGUUUCAGCUCCUGUGCUAGCCAUGCCUGAUUUCUCUCAGCCUUUCAUUGUGGAGACUAAUGCCAGUGGGAAGGGAAUAGGGGCUGUAUUGAUGCAAGGAGGGAGACCCAUAGCUUAUCUCAGCAAAGUAUUAGCUCCCAAGAAUAUGGGGUUGUCCACUUAUGAGAAGGAGUUUCUGGCCCUUCUCUUAGCAGUUACAAGGUGGAGACAUUACCUUUUGGGUAACCAUUUCAUCAUAAGGACUGAUCAAAAGAGUCUUAAACACCUUCUUGACCUGAGGAUAGAUUCAGUGUUGCAGCAAAAGGGGGUGACCAAACUGUUGGGGCUCAGUUAUGAAGUUCAUUACAAGAAGGGCAAGGAGAAUAGGGCUGCAGAUGCCCUCUCCAGGAGGAUUUAUCAGGAGGAGGACCCUCAAACACAUGUUAUAUCUACUCAGAUCCCAUUGUGGAUCCAAGAGGUUCAAUUGAGUUAUGAAGGGAAUACCCUUUUUCAGACUAUCAUACAGUCCAAAAUUCUUGACACCACUUCAUUUCCAGACUAUAUUUAUGAAAAUGGAGUGCUGAAGAAGGAAGGAAGUAUAUGUGUAGGAAGCCAUGGAGGGAUCAGAGAAAAGGUCCUCAAGACAAUGCAUGAUUCUGCAUUGGGUGGUCAUUCAGGCAUGCAGGGUACUUAUCAAAGACUUAAACCCUUAUUCUAUUGGCCUACCAUGAAGGUGGAUGUACAAGAAUGGGUGAGAAGGUGCGAAAUUUGUCAGAGGGCUAAACAUGAGAACAACCCAUACCCAGGGUUGCUGCAGCCCUUACCUGUUCCUGAACAAGCAUGGUCAUGUGUCUCUAUGGAUUUCAUUGAAGGCUUGCCCAAUUCGGAUGGUAAGGAUUCUAUCCUGGUGGUAGUGGACAGGUUACCCAAGUACUCUCACUUCCUAGCACUAAAACACCCUUACACAGCUACCUCCAUUGCUAAGGUGUUUUUUGAUAACAUUUAUAAGCUCCAUGGAUUGCCUAUCAGUAUCAUUUCAGAUAGGGAGAAGGUUUUGCCCAGCAGGUUUUGGAAGGAGUUAUUCACCUCAUCAGGUGUCUCACUGGACAUGUCCUACUCAUACCACCCACAAACUGAUGGACAAACACAAAGGAUAAAUCAAUGCCUUGAAAACUACCUAAGGUGCAUGUGUCUGCAGAAACCCAAGAAAUGGGCUCAGUGGCUCACUUUAGCUGAGCUUUGGUUCAAUACCAACUAUCAUACGGGGUUGAAGGCCACUCCUUUUCAGGCUCUUUAUGGAUAUCCACCUCAACAGCUUCCCAUAGGACCAUAUUUGCAAAGUCAUCACUCUGAUGUUGCUGAACUUGUGCAAGAAAGAACCAAGGUGUUGUAG